UCAACUUUGUGUACUGUGAGUUACUCAGGGAAAGUCGGUGCACUAUAACGUUGGUCCUUUAUGAAAAGAUAAAAAGCGCAUGUGUGAAACGUGAACGCGCAACUGAGCUGAAGUGAACGCCGGUCGGCUAGCGCCUGUAUCAUUAGCCGCCUUAGCUAGCUAGCGAACUACAGUAAGUUUAGCUCGGAAACUGGGUCUAAUGGCUCAGCUAACUGACUAGCCGUGUGUACUGACUGCUGGCUAGCGGUCUGCUCCAACAAAUAGCCAACUUUCUUUUUGGACUUCCAGAACAGCAAAACGUUUCACAUUUGAGGCUUUUCAGCGCCUUGAAUUUGCGCAGUCAUUACUGCUUGUCUGAGUUCCAGUUACUAACAGUCAUAACCAUGUAGUAAUUAUUUAAUAAGAGGUGUAAACUUUACUCAUUAACCCGCCUGGGGGUUUUAAAGUGCACUUCCAGGACAUGUGAGCGGUUAACAGGUAGCGCUUAACGUGUUGAUGUUUGCAGGCCAUCAUUUGGAUCUAUGAAGUGUGUUUCAGUAUAUAAUGAACUCGGCACGAUGCCACACAUUUGGAUUAAAAACGCAAAUGUUUUCUGGCCCGUUGAACAGCAGGAAGUGCUUUUCAGGAAACAGGAUCGAAAGGAAGGGUGAGGUCGGAUCAGGGGUGGAUAAGUAGGCAGACUUUUGUAUUCAUGUCACCAGAAAUCUUGUUAAGGUCUGGACUGGGAUUGUGACCGCUAUCAAGAAGUGCCUUUCAGAUGACUCCCCGUGUCGCUGAUCUCUGGUCUCUGGCGUCCUGUACCACCCACACUCCUCUCUUUCCACCUCAGUCAGAGUACUAAUCCUCCCACCUCAAAACGUUCCUUUAUCCACCUGACUGCAGCAUUCAGUCCCACCCACAGCUGCAGGAAAGCUCAAAGAGUGGAGAAAAUUAUAAAAUCAGCCUGUUGUCAAUGUAGUCAGAAGACCAUGCUAUGCAGGAACAUUACAUUUCAUAAAUAAAAAACAGACGUGUGAUUCCCGUUCCGCCAACCCCUAACAGUGCCCUUUGCAGUAAAUAAAUACGCUGUACUCAGACAUCCUGAAAGUAGUGGAUAAGUGCCCAUAUAUUUCGUUCAGUGAGUUUCACUGCGCUUGUCAGCAAAAUGUCUGUGGCAUUGCCAGCUGUGCGCGACACUAAGUGGCUGACUCUGGAGGUGUGUCGUCAGUUUCAGAGAGGCACGUGCUCUCGCAGUGACGAAGAAUGCAAAUUCGCUCACCCACCCAAGAGCUGUCAGGUGGACAAUGGCCGAGUCAUCGCCUGCUUCGACUCCCUCAAGGGUCGGUGUUCAAGGGAUAACUGUAAAUACCUGCACCCUCCAUCUCACCUGAAGAGUCAGUUAGAGAUCAAUGGAAGGAAUAAUCUGAUCCAACAGAAGACGGCUGCAGCCAUGUUAGCCCAGCAGAUGCAGUUCAUGCUGCCAGGAUCCAGCCUGCCUGCUGUGUCUUCCUUUCCUGUUGGUCAGAGUCUGGGGCCAGGACCUGGGAUCAGCUACUCCCCCUACCUCUCUCCUGUCACUCAUGGGAUGGGGCUGGUUGCCACGGAGAUGCUCCCGAACAACCCCGUGAUUGUCUCUGGUAGCCCUGCGGUAGCAGUGCAGAGCUCGAACUCAUCUUCCUCAUCUCAGAAAACAUUGCGCUCUGACAAACUGGAGGUGUGCAGAGAGUUUCAGCGGGGGAACUGCUCCCGAGGAGAGACAGACUGUCGGUUUGCCCACCCUAGUGACAGCCCCAUGAUUGACAGCACUGAUAACACAGUGACAGUGUGCAUGGACUUUGUGAAGAGCCGCUGCUCCAGAGAGAAGUGCAAAUACUUUCACCCUCCUGCUCAUUUGCAGGCACGCCUCAAAAGCUCUCAGAGUACCCAGAGCACUGCUGCAACCGCUGCUAUGACUCAGUCAAGUGCCAAAGUGCUGAAGCGACCCCUCGAGGCAACUGUUGACAUGGCAUUUCCUCACAGCAUGUUUCAGCCAUUGGCCAAGCGAGUGGCUCUAGAGAAAAGUGCAGGACAUGGUGGUCUUUUAAACCCCAGUGUUUUUCACUACCAGCACGCUCUUGCCAACACACCUCUGCAGCCUUCUACUGCACUGUUCCCUACAGGCUCAGUAUUUUGCAUGUCUCCUGGACCUGGCAUCGAUCAUUCUGAAAUAGAGCGCAGGAGAGGGACGGAGUGCCAGCGCAACACACACACACUUCUCAAACAACAACUGUGUGGAUAUAACAACUUCAGCUCCACAUUACUGCUACAUGCAUGCUAAUACACACACACACACAGCCUUAUAAUAUUUUCCCUACAGUUAUGUUCAAUAAAUAGAUUAUACAGACAAAUAUAUACAAUAUAUACACAACAAUGAAACGAAUCAAUCAUAUAUGUUUCUAAUCGAGUUUCAUUCACUGGGACAAAAUCAUACUCUUUUUGCUUGUUUAAGUACAUUAUAUAAUUCUAUACUUAUACACAGUAUCAUCGCCAGUGUUGAGUAGGAAGUUUUCAACACUCGUUUUACUGUGCGACUCUACUUGCACUUUUUUUUUUUGUUUUUUUUUUUCAAGUAAAAGGACAACAUCUUGCGAAAGACUACGAGAAGCCCAGUUUGAGGAUUUAUAGUUCCCUCCAACAUACUGAUUUUCGAGAGUUUAUCUGCCUGCACCGGCAUCAGAAGGAACUGUCUUACCGAAUGCCGAAGCACGUCAAUGCCAUGCAGGAGGAUGGCAGGCAGCAUGUCACAACCCUGUAAGAGAAACAUGUCAAACCGCAUGUGAAAGCUAUGCAGGAGAAGGACAGAGUGAGUUCACCUCUCAGCUCCCCACUCAAUGCUUUGGAUAAAGAGAACUCUGUUAGCCAAAUUAUUGAUAGAAAGAGAAAAAAAACAAAACAAAAGAUGUUCACCUUUAACAGUGGCCAAACAGAGUAGUGACACACUAACCCUUUAAAACUUGAUGUGAAUCUGAAUUUGAUUACUUUGUUUCAGCCGUUCUUUUAUCAUUUCUUUAGCUGAGAAUUUAGUGUCAAAGGUUUUUUUUUUUGGUUGUUUUUUUUUGCCAUAGUAGAAGCUAUUCUCUUAUUCUCUUGAUACUGUGCCAUCGGUAGAGAGUGAACACAUGAGAAACAAAGAGAUGAUUGUGUGUACUUGUCUGACUUUAAAUGUGCGUGUGUGUCGUGCAUAGUAACAGAGCAAAGCAUAAGUUGCUACAUCUGGGCUCUACAGCUAGACUCAGGGUCUACACGUCCCAGCAGUAUGAGCUGUGUAUAGUCGAGCCAGACUGGGCUGCAUUCAUCCUGUUGUUGUUGUUGUUUUUGUUUGUUUGAUUUUUUGGUUUCGGUAUUUAUUCUGUUAUGAUUCUGUAUAAGUGCCUAACAAUGUUCUUCACAAAGCAUAGUAUGGAUAAAGAUUAGUUUGAACUGUUCAUGUUUAAUUUUUGUUUCAGCAAUCUGUCAUUCUCUCUCAAAAAGGAAGGUAAAAACUGUUUAAAAGGUUGACCAUAGACGUCAUGAUAUAUGACUGCUGAUUUUUUUUUUUUUAUCCUUUUAAUGAAAAGGAUAACAGAUUUGUAUUUACUAACCCAAAAUGACGACCUGUAGGAGACGAGCCUGUGAUGGCUGUGUGGGAAAGCCUCUUCUUUACAUUUGCAUAGUGAUUUAUCGAGGUGAAUUGGACUAAGUGGGAAAACUACAGUGUGUUGAGUCUCAAAUCUAUAGCAACUGUAGAGAAACAAUCUUCCCAAAGUAGCACUACUUCAUUAAUCAGCUGCUUUGGGGCACAAUUAAAACAGAUGUUUUAUUUAUAUUGAAUAAUUUCUAUAGGCGUCUAUAAGAUCUUACAUUUAUUUCAUCUCCUAGCAUAGUGAUUGACAACAGUGUGACAUGUAACUGACCUAAUACUAAAUAGCUCUAUUAUUCUAAUCCACUUUGAUUUAGGAGGCAGUCAAUCCUAUCAUUUUUAUUUGUAUGUCUGUUUGUGUGUUUUUAUGUGUGUUUUAAUUCAGGGCGAAGAUAAAAAAAACAAUGCCAUGUGAGAACCUAGACAAUCUUUAGUUUAGAUACGCGAAGGCACUGCUCAGACUUGUAGUCAUUUAACUUCUCAGCGUCGCCUGAGGAUAAUUUAUGUUGUGAUCUAUAAGAUAUAUGAGAACUAUUAUGUAAUGUAUUGAUUGUGGUAAAUGGACCAUUGUUAUGUUUUGUUUUGAGAUGAAUGUAAUUUAUUUGAUGUAGGGCCUUGUUGUUCAGACGCUGUUUAAAACAAAAAAAAAAAAAAGGCCAGCUUAGUGCCACCUUCCUCUCCUGCAUCACCUGACUUGUGAAGGAAGAGAAACGCAGGGUGCUUGACUUUUUUUUUUUUCUUCGGAAAGUUACAGCGUCCACGCCCGAAAGCAUUAAGCGGCACGCCGUUUUACACAGCUGUUUGUGAAUCUAACGCUUCUAUAUAAUAGUCGUUGUUUGAGGUGUGUAACAAUAGCAGAAGUCUGCUUUUGUGAUAAAAAGAAGCCUAGCAGUGAGCGGUACAGGGAGCCAGCUGAGAGAAACACUCAACACUGCAUGACACAUCAGUGCAGGUCAGGCUGCAGAAGUGUUCACGUUAUGUCAAAGAUAACACCGCAUUUCAUUUUAUAGUUCGCUUUUUUUGUGUGCUAAUAUUUUAGAUCAGUACUAAUUUGUUAAUGUGACAGUUCAAAAUUGCUA